CUCCUAUGCAGACGACUUUUGACGCUAGCGAUUAGGUCCGUCUCUUCCAACCGUCAGGAUCGGAUUUUCCGCUGAUUUUUCCUUCAUCUUCUCCUCCCUCUUUGUUAUUUAAUAUUAUAACUCGGUUUCCUUUUCCAUUACCCUCUAUAAUAACUAAUAAAAACCCUAAAAAUAAUAAACAGUAUACCUUUCUUUGACAUCGAUCUUUCCUUUUCUUAUCAUCUUUCUAUAUUUCUAGGGUUUCUGUUUCUCCCCCUUCUCUCAAACUCCAUUCCCGAUCUUCUCACCACCACCAGAAAUGGAGGAUUUGGCUUCUACAGCAGAAACUCCGGUCUCGUCUCCCUCUCCGGCGCCGGCGCUGCUUACCGGAGCUGAGGACUCCUCCGAGGAUGCUUGCAGCAUCUGCCUCGAACCGUUCUCUGCUGAGGAUCCUGCCACGGUUACAAACUGCAAACACGAGUAUCAUCUUCAGUGCAUUCUUGACUGGUCACAAAGAAGCAAAGAGUGCCCGAUAUGCUGGCAGUUGCUUGUCUUGAAGGAUCCUGUCAGCCAAGAGCUUCUUGCAGCGGUGGAGAUGGAAAGAAGUUCCAGAUCAAGGCGUAGAACUUCCAAUGCCUCUUCAUUUCCUCGCAUACCUCUUGAAGACUUUGAAUUCCACGAUGUUCCAUCCUACACAGAUGACUCGGAUUUCGAUGAGCGUAUCAUGCAACAUCUAGCUGCUGCCGCCAUGGGUAGGGCUCAUCAUUUUAGCAGGAGGGAGCGGCAUAGAUCUUCUGGUCUGGCUCAUUCCCAAUUUGUUGUUUUUGCUGCUCCUUCAAAUGGAUCUGAUGUACAGCAAACACGUUCAAACACUCUGAUAGAGAGCCAAGACUCAGCCAAUUCUGUGUCACCUGAGGGUGAUUCUCCAACAGUUGUCUUGUCUCCUUCCAUAGCUGUGCAGUCUCAAGUAUUUGUGCCUUCGCCACAUGCAAGCACGGACUCUGAAAUUGCAGGCAAUGGGCACAGUACCACCGAUAGAGUUGUUGCUAGCCAAACACCACCUGGUAGCCCACAAAGAUCACGAUCAUCAGAAUUACUCUCUUUCUCUGAGUCUCUGAAAGCUAAGUUAUCUGCUGCCUCUUCUAGAUAUAAAGAAUCAAUCUCAAAAAGUACACGGGGUUUCAAGGAGAAGCUAUUGGCACGCAACAGCUCAGUAAAGGAAAUCAGCAAAGAGGUCCAGCGUGAGGUGACUGCGGGUAUUGCUGGGGUUGCUCGAAUGAUGGAGCGCUUGGAUCCUACCUCAAAGAGAUCUAGUUCCGUUUCCUGUGGUACUGAGGGGACCUCCAAAUCUUCUUCCAGUGGGCAUGAUGUUCAAGGAAGCUCGAUUGUUAAUUCUCCUCAUGAAAGUGGCGAGAGAACUCCCCAGGGUACAAGUUCAAAUGCAUCCAUUCAUGCUUCUGGAGCACUUUCUUCUGUUUCAGAACUUCAUGUAGGAGCUGCUCGUGUACAGGACUCGCCGUGAUGCUGUCGAAAUUUCAAGCCCUCAACUGAAGUUUAUUCACCCACCCGAGAUAAAUACAAAUACAUACCUAUAGGUUACCAUGUAUCCAUUUUUCUGAUCUUGUUACUGAACAAUGUCUUCAGUAACAAUGUCAGGAAGAUGCUGAUAAGAAAAAGUACAUGGCAGGAUCAAUGCUUUAUUAUUAUUUAUUUUCCUCUUUUGCUACCACAAGUUGUACCAGAACAUGGUAAUCUCUGCAUUUGCCUGGUUCUUAUGUUGCUUAUCAUUCCGUAAGCCCACUCUUUGUAAACUCAUUAUCCCAUUUCAAGGCUCCUCUAGUCUUAGAAAACAAGGACAGCCAAUGCUUCAAAAGACUUGUAUGGAUUAAGAAAGCAUAAUAUGCCUUGGUUGAGCAAAUGGCUUUUGGAAUUGUGGUGUUUGC